AUGGAAAAUAGAUUUACAUGUAAAUCAAUUGUUUCAUCGUCUCCAUCUUACCCGCCAAUAAAAAAAUUAGAUAUUAUUACUUUUGCAAUGGGCAAUCCAGCAAAUAAGAUGAAUGCAAGAUUAAGUAAAAACAAUCAACAUUUAUUGGGCUUAGAUGCGUCGAAUCAAUUUGUUAAGCGGCAUAAUCUUGAAUUGCAACGUUGUUCACAAUUUUAUUCGCUGGCUAGUAUUUAUAAUGAAACAGCGACGAAAAAUAAGCACGGAAUCAAUCGAAAAAAUGUCAAAAAAAUCUAUUCCACUGGACGAAAAUAUAUGGUGCGAUUAUUUAUCUGUUCUUAA